GUUGCAACUUCUCUUCGAUCUGUAUUGUUUAUGGCUGUCCUGUAGUGGCGUGUUGCGCAAAAACGUAUUUCACUAAAACUUUGUUGAUUUUGUGAGAUUUUUUUGCUGGUUUAAAUUCUUGUGAAUUAAAAACGGUGUUUGGAUCAUCGGAAAAAAUACAGCCGUGUCCGUGCGUGAGCCACAGUCGAUCCCCGGUUGGUAUUUUGGUUUAUUUGGUGCGGAAUGGCUGGAGAACAAGGCCACGUUGACGUCGAUCUCGACAACGACAUCGACAAAGUGGUCGACGAGGAGUUGGCUGCGAAAGAGGCAAUCGCCGGCGGAGACGGUUCCGGUUCAAAACGCAAGCCGAAGAAAGUCCAUCGCCAAUCGAGCAAGGAAAAUGUCGUGGCUUCCGGAUUCAUCCACGGGCCCAGGUCUUGGAAAAACAGUCGCCGCUCGAGGAACGGCUAUGGACGGGGACUGCCCAAGAAAGGGGGCGCCGGCGGGAAGGGCGUCUGGGGGGCCCCGGGCUCCGAACUGUUGGAAACCUACGAAGACGUCAACGACCCCAACUUUGACAAUGAGAAUUUGAGCAAUGGGGACAUCGAAUUGAAAGCGAUAGUUCCAGAUGUGUCCCAUGAGGAAAUUAAGAAGAAGGUUGAUCCGAUCAUUUUGGAGUAUUUCGAAAAUGGGGACACGCACGAAGCUUCCAUCGCCAUAGCUGAGGCUGUUCCUAAGCAGUACCGUGACGUGCUAGUCGAACAAGUGAUCGAAGUGUCCAUGGACCACAAGCCUUCCCAUAGAGAGAUGACGUCAGUCUUGAUUUCGGACCUUUUCGGUCACGUGAUCACCGAGACUGAUAUAACCAAAGCGUUCCAAAGCCUUCUUGCAAAUCUCAGCGACUUGAUACUUGAUAUUCCCGAUGCGCCAACUUUUCUCGGGAAUUUCAUCGCUCGAGCUAUCGCCGACGACUGUAUUCCCCCCAAGUUUAUUACCAUAACGAAGGAGAAGAGUGAUAAUGAAGUAUUCCAGGAGGCUUUGAGCCGUGCUGAUACUUUGCUAUCCAUGAAGCAUGGCCUAGUGCGAUUGCACAACGUGUGGGGCGUUGGAGGGGCCUUGAGACCAGUCAAAGCCUUAACUCGCCAAAUGAACUUAACUCUGCAGGAAUACAUCUCGUCAAGGGAUAUAGAAGAGGCUAGCAGAUGCUUGCGCAAUUUGGAGGUGCCGCAUUUCCACCACGAGUUGGUUUAUGAGGCCAUUGUGAUGGCCUUGGAGGCGAACAAUGUCCAGGUGGAAGAAGCCUUGUGUAAUCUCCUGAAAGCGUUCGAUGCGGCCGUUUUCGUUACACCCGAACAAAUGGAGAGAGGGUUUUUGCGAGUGUUUGAUGAUCUACCUGAUAUUCAGAUGGACGUACCGCUGGCUUACAUUAUCCUGGAUAGAUUCGUCGAUCGUUGCCAUAAGGAGGGAUUUGUGACUGAUAGAAUUUCCGAAAAAAUGCCUAACAGAGGGCGCAAACGAUUUGUCUCCGAAGGAGACCAACAAUUUAUUAAGAACCAUAAGGCGUCGUAAUUUUUACGAUUCAAUCAUUUUCUUUGCGCUAGAACUGUGCCGUAGAUUUCAUAUGUAUUGCAUUUACGUUUUUUGAAUUUUCUUUAGAAAUACAGCACGGUGUGCGUAUUCAGUAUACCUAUCAUGUUACUUCUUUUUUGUAUAUGUUCUAUGGAAUAAAGAUUAUCCAAGUUAAAUAUA